AUGGCUACCUAUGCAAAGGCUGGCACCGUGUACUGUAGCGGUGGUGCCAAUGUUCGUUCCUGCUCAUCUACCAGCUGUAGCAUUGUCAGCUAUGUCGUCGCAGGCAACAGCUAUCCAUCUGAUUGUUAUGUCAUCGGUUCUUCAGUUACCAUCGGUGGUUCAACUAAAGCUACGUGGUAUCGACUUAACUUGAAGGCUGGUGGCAAGGGUUACGUGAGCGCCCAUUAUUGUUCGGGCAAUGUUGGGAAAUGUUAA